CCAUAAUAUAAUAUAUUUUUCUACAAAUUAUAGUCAAAAUUUACAAAUUUUGAUCAACAAAAAUCAAAUGAAAAAAACAUAUUCGGAGAGAGUAACCGACUAUCACUCACAAAAUAAUAUCCUAUCCAACGGGCUGGUAGGCCGUAUAUAAAUACCAAAGCGAGUGGGAAUAUAUUUUUUAUAUUAUCAUCACGCGUUCACUUGUUAAUGGUACCACCAACCAUUUGAAUUCUCUUUCUCCAUUAGCUUCUUUUCUUCUUCUUCUUCACUUUCAUAUUGGCUUCCAACUGGUUAGUUAGAAACAAUGGCCAGAGUUCUCCUACUUCCGGUCGCAGCGGUGGUUGUGCUUCUGUCAUGCGUUUCCGGCACGGCCGGGACGGCGGCGGCCACCGCCUUCAUCAGGUCCUCCUGCCGUGCCGCCACCUACCCUGACGUGUGCGUGACAUCACUGGCGGAGUACGGGCCGGCGAUCAAAGAGAGCCCACAGAGCCUGGUCCAGACCGCCCUGUCCGUGAGCCUGAAACGGGCCAACUCCACCAAGGCCUUCGUUAACAGGCUCUGCAAGACGACGGAUAGAUCCAAGAGCUUAGAGUAUGGGCCGCUCAAGGACUGCUUGGACCAGAUCAGUGACAGCAUGGACCGGAUUACCAAGUCCGUCGGGGAGCUCAAGAAUAUGGGCCGGGCCCACUCACCGGAAUACCCGUUGCACGUCAGCAACGCCCAGACUUGGGUCAGCGCGGCCCUGACGGAUCAGACUACUUGCAUGGACGGUUUUGAGGGCCGGGCCUUUAAUCGCUCGGUUAAGGCUCCGAUUCGGGCCCAGGUCAACAAUCUCGCCCGGGUCACCAGUAAUGCCUUGGCAUUAAUCAACAAGUUUGUUGCAAAAUACAACUAAUUGAUGAUCUUCAAAAAAAUGAUAGGUGAACACCACUUUUUACAAAGUUUGAAACCAAUCUAUUCAUGUAUUGGUGUCAAAGUUGAUGUCAAAUGUGAUGUGCCUCUAUCAUUUUGAUAUUUAUUUUCUCUCUCCCUCUGUUCUGGAAAACAUCAGGAUGCUCCAAAUGAUUGCUACCGCAUCCAAGUUUCGCACGGAUAAUUAUCAUUUGUGUCAUCUGUGUAAAAUUUGGGUCUACAUGUGGUAGAAACCAUUUGUGGGCACAUAUGGUCUCUGUUCCUUAGCUGUGAUGUUUUUAUAGUUGGUCCAAAAAAAUGAGUGCUUCAUGAAGAGAUAGUAGUAAUAUUAUUAUUUUUAAGGUUUGUUUCAAUGUUGUGACACUUUUUUCUAUUAAAUCUUUAGGAUCCGU